UCGGAUUCAUCAUUAUUAUUAUUAUUCGUUGUUCUUUUUUGACCCCUCUUCUUAUCCUUCCCGCCACAACCGUCCAUCUGACGCAGACGAGCCACCACGUACCAAUCCAUCCACGCGUCCCGUUGCCUCCCACCUCGCCGCCCCCCUUUAAAUACUCCCCCAAUCUGAUCGGACAAACCUUCCUCUCUUCUCUCUCUCUCUCGCGAUCCAGUGAUCGUCGCUAAUAUGCCUUACUGCGACCUAAGCAACAAUGGCAUCAGGAUUUUCUACAGGAGAUGCGGACAUGGGAGUACCAAAGUCCUCCUCAUCAUCGGAUUGGCGGGGACACACGAUUCCUGGGGACCGCAGAUAAAGGGGCUGACGGGAGCUGUGGAACCCAAUGUUGAGGAGGCGCCGCCGACGGAGACUGUCGGCGGGGAAUCCAAUACCCUCGGUGAGGAGGUCCGGGAGGGGGACGGGAUCGAGGUGUGCUGCUUCGACAACCGCGGGGUGGGUCGGAGCUCCGUCCCCACCGAGAAAUCGGAUUACACAACAACUAUCAUGGCUGAAGAUGCCCUGGCUCUAUUGGACCAUCUAGGCUGGAAAAAAGCUCAUGUUUUUGGUCACUCAAUGGGAGCGAUGAUUGCUUGCAAAUUGGCAGCCAUGGCACCUGAUAGGAUAUGCUCCUUGGCUUUGCUCAGUGUGACUGGAGGUGGCUUCGAAUGUUUCCCUAAGAUUGAUCUCCAGAUGCUAUCGCUGGCAUUUCGAUUCUUGAGAGCAAAGACCCCAGAACAACGCGCUAUGGUGGACUUAGAAACCCAUUACACCAAGGAAUACCUUGAUGAAUGUGUUGGAUCUCGGACAAGAAGGGAUAUUCUCUAUCAAGAUUAUGUAAAAGCAAUAUCAUCAAGUGGAAUGCAAUCUAACUAUGGUUUUGAAGGCCAACUUAAUGCCUGCUGGAUGCAUAAUAUGACUUCAAAAGAACUUGAGACAAUUCGUUCAUCAGGGGUUCUUGUUUCAAUCAUCCAUGGCAGGGAUGACAUCAUUGCUCAAUUGGAUCAUGCAAGGAGGCUUGCAAAGAAGCUGCAACCUGUUGCAAGAAUGGUAGAGCUUCACGGCGCACAUCUAGUGAGCCAUGAGAGGCCAGAAGAGGUUAAUGUUGCUCUUAUGGAGCUAAUAAAGGCUUCAAAGUCAAAGCUAGAACCAGAAGAAUGGUCACAGUUGGCUGAGAGUGAGUCAGGUUGUCUUGUCUUGAAGAUGCAUCCACCACUGAACAACAGGAACAAAGAUGAAGCAAAUUCUCUAAUCAUGUAUAAAUUACUAGGAAAACUACAGCUUAGAUUCCUUUAAUUCUUUGGGGCAUUUAUCACGGGAUACGAACACAUCAGAAAUACUCUCAAAAUAAAGCCAGUUAGAGUUGCAGCCUCUGUAACAUAAGAUCUUAUGAUCUUGGAAGAGCAACCAUUACGCUUACAGGAUGCGAUAAUUCACCGCUUCCUCACAUCAACUCAAACAGUUGGAAACUACAAAGGAGAAGUGUUUUCUGAGCAAGUUACAGCCUUGAGAAGUGUAAAAAGUUUCUUGCAUUGAAAGAAUAAGAAGCAAAAAGCCACUGAUUAGAUGUUGCAAGUGCCUGUAAUCUGUAUCAUGGCACUGUCCUUGUCCAUUUUAAUUCAAGAAUUGCACUGAUGGCGCAUCAAAUUAAUCCCAGUUGAUGCUGUACAGUUGCAUAUAUUUUCACAUCGUGUUUUCUCUCUUCUUUUUUUUAAUGGAAGAGAUCAUUGAAUUUUUAUUUUACAUGAAGGAUGAAAAACAAGUUGUAUUUGAUUUAAUAUGGAAUUCCCUAUUUG